GCUGGGUGCUCGGUCCGCCUCAGCGGUGGGGAGCGAGCCAGGCCUCCCGCCACCGCUGCCGCCGCCACCACCGCAUCGGGCUGGUGCAGCCCCGGGCCAGGCCGCGGCCGGGGCAGGAGCGCAGGUGCUUGAUCUGUUGCCUAGGCUGGAGAACAGUGGUGCUAACAAGGCUCACUGCAGCUGAACCUCCUAGGCUCAAGUGAUCUUCUUACCUCAACCUCAGCCGUCUAAGUAGCUGGGACCACAGAGUCUCUCCUCUGUUGCCCUGGCUGGAGUGGAGUGGUGUGAUCUUGACUCAGUGCAUCUUCUACCUUCUGGGCUCAAGCGAUUCUCCAGCCUCAGCCUCCCGAGUAGCUGGGAUUACAGGCAUGUGCCACCAUGCCCAGCUAGUUUUUUGUAUUUUUAGUAGAGAUGGGGUUUUGCCAUGUUGGCCAGGCUGGUCUUGAAUUCCUGGCCUCAAGUGAUCUGCCUGCCUCGGCCUCCCAAAGUGCUGAGAUUAUAGGCGUGAGCCACUGCGCCCGGCUGAGGUAAAUAUUCUUGGCCAUUUUUUCUUGCAGAAAAUUGAUUCUUCAUUAAACAGCUUGUCUAGCUAUUAAGUGUUGAAGCUGGAAUUCAAAUCCAGCCAGUCUUACAGAGGAACUUCACUACACAAAACACUUUCUUGUUAUAGUAAAGAAUACUUUGAAGUAAAAAAGAAAUUAGGAACAGCUUAGUGGAACACUAAUGUCACAAAGAGACCAUUAUCUUUUAUUUGCUUUAGCUUCCCAUGAUUUACUAGAUUGAAUGAGACUGCUGUGACUGAAGCAGUAAUGUUAAAGUUAACCAAUGCUGUCAGUCACAGUGGCUUGCACCUAUAAUCCCAGCUACUUGUGAGGCUGAGGUGGGAGGAUCUUUUAACCCCAGUAUUUCAAGACCAGCCUUAGCAAGUCCCCCCCCCUUUUUUUUUUAAAAGUUAACCAAUGCUAAUUUAAAUAAAGUAAGUAUAUUUUAAAGAAAGCCAGAGUUGGCUUCUAAUUAUCUCUUCUACUACUUAGACUUAGUUCAGGAAGAGUUUAGCUUCUUUUUGGGACAGAAUUUUUAUGUUCUUCCUUUAUCCCUAAAAAUUAUAUUCAGCACGAAGGCAAAAGUUGUAACUGUAUAGCUGGACAGGAAGUAUAAUUUAGUGAAGGAGUAGAGGGGUAGACAGUGGGUAGGUUUUGCUGUUCUUUUUUUUUUUUUUUUUUUUUUUUGAGACAGUCUCGCUCUGUCGCCCAGGUUGGAGUACAGUGGCUCGAUCUUGGCUCACUGCAACCUCCGCCUCCCAGGUUCAAGCAAUUAUCCUGCCUCAGCCUCCCGAGUAGCUGGAAUUACAGGUGCCUGCCACCACACCCGGCUAAUUUUUUUUGUAUUUUUAGUAGAGAUAGGGUUUCACCGUAUAUUGCCCAGGCUGAUCUUGAACUCCUGACCUUGUGAUCCACCUGCCUUCGGCUCCCAAAGUGCUGGGAAUACAGGCAUCAGCCACUGCACCCGGCCACUGUUCUUGAUUUUUAAAAGAAAAACUUCCCCAUAAUUUAUACAAAAUUAUAGUAAUGGAAACAGUCUUCCCCUGCCUACCAUAGAAAGCAAUUUUUAAUUUAAAAUUUUGACUAGAAUAUUCUGAUUCUUUAAUGUGAAUUACUUUUGAACCUUAGCCAUUUGUCUUCUAAAAAAAUAUAUUUUAUUCCCCAACAUGCAGAUAUUUGUUCUGUUCUAAGGAGCUUCAGACUGUACCUGAUUAUCUCCAGUACAUAAAUCAGUUUUAAUUUGUUUUAAAACAGUAGUUUAGGGGAGUAAAUUAGAAUCUACAAUUGUAGGAAGACCCACCCGAAUCUUACUAUGUAAAUGUACUUUCCCCUUGACUGGGGUCAUUUUGGCUGCUCUUUACAGUACACGUGGCUGGCAGAGAAGGGAAGAUGGAGCCGCCAUUUUGAACCUGAUUGGCACAACUGCCAGCAUAUAUGUCUGCAGCUCUAUUUUAUAGGCUGCUGUUUGUUAGGAAAAUGAUUUGGGGCUGCAUUUCAUUAAAAGGGAAACCUUACCGAGGACUCCCGUACCCUAUCUGCCCAAGUAAUUUCUUUUUAACUCCUAUGUCAGUAUUAACAUAGAAUAGUUCAAAUGUUGCAGUCAGAUUGCUGGGGUUCACAUCCUGGUUCUGCCAUUUACUAUUUGGUGCCCUAAGUUAACACCUUACUAGCCUCUCAGUGCCCCAGUUUUCUCAUCUGUAAUAUUUAGACAAUAAUAUUACCCACCUAUUAGGGUUGUUAGGAAGAUUUAGUUUAAAAUACAUAUUAAAUGCCUAGCAUAUGUAAGUGCACAGAGCAUGUUAACUUUCCUCUCUUUACCAGCAAAAACGAUUAUGUGAUUUAGAUAUGGUAGUGAUAGCCUCUAUUGGAAAUUUUAUAGGAUUAGGUAAUUUUAGAUUGUUUUUCUUUUUAGAACCUCAAAGAACACUUGGUAUCAUUAUAUGAAAUGCUAAAAUGUAUAUCUAUGUGUAUGUGCAAAUAUUUUCAUAAAAGUCUUUGAAAAACCCUCUACUUCUUCCCAAGAAAGGAUCUCGCUAAAGAUUAUUUGAUAAAAAAAGAAAUCUUGGAGCACAGCCAAAAAACCGGGAAUGAAAAUAUACUGUUUUCACGCCCAGAAACUGUGUCUGUAUAAUCAGAAUUGUAUGUCUUAGGAUGUUAGAGAAGCUUUCUUUGUUCCAUACAAAACAAACACUGACAGUCCACUUCUUGGACUUGAGAAAUGUUGAAAGUUUCUUUACAAAUGGAUGUCUAGGGCAGGACUGGCAGGAGGAAAUAAUUCUUUUCCCAGAACACUUUUUUUGCUUCCAGUAAGUGGAGGAACAUUGUUGAAACUUCCCUCACCACGCCCUCUGCUGAUUAUUUGUGAAACUCAGGUGAGUUAAAUGUGUAGCGCAAGCUUGUCCAACCUGCAGCUUGUGGCUUUGAAUACGGCCCAACACAAAUUUGUAAACUUUCUUAAAACACUGUGAGAUUUUUUUUGUGUGUGAUUUUUUUUAAGCUCAUCAAAUAUCGUUAGUGUAUUUUAUGUGUGGCCCAAGACAGUUCUUCUUUCAGUGUGGCCCAGGGAAGCCAAAAGAUUGGACACCCCUGGUGUAGUGGUUCCUCCCGCUUCUCCCAUACUUGACCCUUACUUGAACUAGGAUUAUUUCUCUUUUUUUACCCUCCUGGAUGAGUGGAGGAAGUCCUUGAAAUCUAUUUUACUGCUACUGUUAUUACUACUUUCUAAAAUGGAAACAUACACAGAAGUAGAGUCAGUGAGCCCUUAUGUUUGUACCAGUUUUAUCCCACCCCUACAUUUGACCUACUUGUUCUUGUCCUCAUCUUUAAAAAAAGCGAAUUUGGCAGGACGGAGGCGGAGGAGGGCGGGCGCCGGAGCCAGCCCAAGCCCAGCGGGAGCCCAGCUGGAGCGGGCGUUGAAGGCUGGCGCGGCGAGCGCUGUUCGGGGCUGGAGGGGGUAGGCCGGCAAGGGCGGCCCGACCCUCCAGGAGGCCAUCCAGCGGCUGCGGGACACGGAGGAGAUGUUAAGCGAGAAGCAGGAGUUCCUGGAGAAGAAAAUCGAGCAGAAGCACGGCACCAAAAACAAGCGCGCGGCCCUCCAGGCACUGAAGCGUAAGAAGAGGUAUGCGAAGCAGCUGGCGCAGAUCGACGGCACAUUAUCAACCAUCGAGUUCCAGCGGCAGGCCCUGGAGAAUGCCAACACCAACACCGAGGUGCUCAAGAACAUGGGCUCUGCCGCCAAGGCAAAGAAGGCGGCCCGCGACAACGUGGACAUCGAUAAAGUUGAUGAGUUAAUGCAGGACAUUGCUGACCAGCAAGAACUUGCGGAGGAGAUUUCAACAGCAAUUUCGAAACCUGUAGGGUUUGGAGAAAAGUCUGACGAGGAUGAGCUCAUGGCGGAAUUAGAAGAACUAGAACAGGAGGAACUAGACAAGAAUUUGCUGGAAAUCAGUGGCCCCGAAACAGUCCCUCUACUAAAUGUUCCCUCUAUAGCCCUACCAUCAAAACCUGCCAAGAAGAGGAAGACGACGACAUGAAGGAUUUGGAGAACUGGGCUGGGUCCAGCGCGGGCAGGAUGGAUGUGGUGCAGGCAGGUUCCAUCGCUCUCGACUCUCACUCCAAAGCAGUAGGGCCGCAUUGCUCACUCUCUGCAUAGCAUGGUCUGCACCUGGUGAGACGGGCGGGGGCGGGUGAAGGGGGUUGGGGAGGGCUGUGGGUGAGAAGUGCCUGCUGUUUAUAAUGUUGAAUUUCUGUAAAAUAAACUGUGUUUGCAAAUCCAAAAAAAGCAAA